GUCCACCGAAUCCAUUACGGGACAUUUUACACGCGCACAGUCGCACGCAGUGCACCGACCUCCCCAGCCCUGGCUAGUUUGUACGUCUUUUUUUUUACCCCAAAUUGAAACCCCAAACCCUAGCAGUUAGCCCCAAGAACCUAAUUUCCCGCGGUAGACGUAGAGGGAUGGAUCAGCAUGAAGAGCAAGAGCAUGAGGUGUACGGGACUGAAAUGCCUGACGAGGGAGAGAUGGACGCCGAUAUCGACAUGUCUUCGAGGCCUGAAGAAGAAGAGGACCAUGGUCCUAACUCCAAGGAUUUGGAGGACAUGAAGAAGAGACUGAAGGAGAUCGAAGAAGAAGCUGGCGCUCUCCGUGAAAUGCAGGCCAAGGUUGAGAAGGAGAUGGGAGCUGUCCAAGAUGCCUCAAGUGGUUCUGCAAGUCAAGCUGAAAAGGAAGAGGUGGAUUCCCGCUCUAUUUAUGUUGGUAAUGUAGACUAUGCCUGUACACCUGAAGAAGUGCAGCAGCAUUUUCAAUCCUGUGGAACAGUUAACAGAGUGACAAUCUUGACUGACAAGUUUGGUCAGCCAAAAGGAUUUGCUUAUGUUGAAUUUGUUGAAAUUGAUGCCGUUCAAAAUGCUCUUUUGUUAAAUGAAUCCGAACUGCAUGGCCGUCAGUUAAAGGUCUCUGCUAAGAGAACUAAUAUUCCUGGAAUGAAGCAAUAUCGAGGAAGGUUUCCCAAUCCUUAUGGCUUCAGAUCUCGAAGGCCAUUCAUGCCUGCUCCGCCCUUCUAUCCCGCAUAUGGUUAUGGGAGGUUUCCAAGGUUCAGGAGACCCAUGCGUUACAGACCAUACUAACGAGCAGUUGCCACCAAUUUGAGAAGACCAUUUGUUCAUGGCUCAGGAUAGUCCUUUUUUUUAACAUUAUGGGUAUAUGAAGGGACAGAAAGACUUGUAUCAUCAUUUGCAUGGCGAAGGCCAGUCUGAUAUUUUCUCAAAUUAAUAACUUACAGAAUGCUGGACUCUUUUGCAUCAAACAAAUCAUGCAUUUACUUGUUUUGUAGAUGAUAAAGGGGGCGCUAGAUGUGCAAAUGUUGUGGAAAUAUUUUUUUCUUCUUUUUAUUUUUUUUCCUUUUGAAUGUAUGUAGCAUACAUGAUCUUUGAUGAAUGUAGAAUACAUGAUCUAAGAUCUACCGUUUCUCA